UUGAGAUAAUAUGUAUAAAAUUAGUGGUCCGCAUAACCCAAUAUUUGAAAAUUAUGGAGGUGCAGGCCCAAGUACUUCGAAUCAUCAACAAGAAAUCCAAUAAAGAACAGCGAAGGAAAAACGUGACAAGAAAAGUGUUUUCUCGACUCGAGAUGUUAGAAGGUGCUAAAUCAAUAGGUGUUGGAGCUGCUACAAUUGCUUUAGCCGGAGCUGCUGUCGGUAUUGGAAACGUCCUCAGUUCUUUGAUUCAUUCCAUGGCGCGAAAUCCAUCAUUGGCUAAACAAUCAUUUGGUUAUGCCAUUUUGGGCUUUGCUCUCACCGAAGCUAUUGCAUUGUUUGCCCCAAUGAUGGCCUUUCUGAUCUCAUUCCUUUUCCGAUCGCAUAAAAAGUCAUGAGAUCAAAAAAGAAAUGUGAGAAUGUAGUUACAGAUGUAAAAAAAAGUCAAUAUCUCGUUCUCUUGCUCUUAAAUCAUGAAUUGGAUGAUGUGCGUUUCAUCAAGUAUGAACAUAUUGCAUUUUUUGCUAUGCAAUUUCAGUACCGGAUCGACGUCCAUUUAUUUCUGUGUCCUCAUCCGCGUGUAUGUCUGUGUUAGAUAGGCUCUGGAAGG